GCUCUCCUUUAUUCUCUCUCCUUCACACUAUAAUUUACAGUUUCACAAAAAAAAAAAAAAAAAAAUUCAUCAACAUGUCACUUCGUCGUUCAUUUCUCUCUCGGAGAAUCAUCAGUCGAUCUUUUACAUUUUCCAAAUCAUUCAAAGAAUUCAAACUUCCAGAACCUUCUACUAGAGAUGAUUUUGCUGUUGGAGAUGAACAAAACGGCGCCGCCGGUGAAUCGGAUUCCGGCGAUGCAACGUCGUCGUGGUCGAAUAUGUUGCCGGAGCUGUUGAGAGAGAUUAUACAGCGAGUGGAAGCUACGGAGGACAGUUGGCCUCUACGUCAAAACGUCGUCGCUUGUGGAUGUGUGUGUAAGAGAUGGAGGCAAGUUACUGAGGAUGUAGUUGAGUCGUCUCUUCAGGCUGGGAAAAUUACUUUUCCGUCUUGCCUUAAACAGCCAGGGCCUCGGGACCCUCCUCUUCAAUGUUUCAUCAAGCGUGACAAGAAGAACGCGACCUUUUACCUAUAUCUUGCACUUUCACCCUCAUUAAUGGACCAGGGGAAGUUCCUCUUAGCAGCCCGGAGGUACAGAAAUGGUGCUCACAUUGAAUAUAUAAUAUCUCUCGACGCAGAUGAUUUGUCACAGAGAAGUAAGGCGUAUGUUGGGAAGUUAAGAUCGGACUUUCUUGGAACCAAUUUUACCAUAUAUGAUAGUCAAGCCCCACGCAAUGGGGCAAGGCCGUCAAGCAGCCGGUCUUGUCGACGUUUUGCAAGUAAGCAAAUUAGUCCCCAAUUACCAGCUGGUAAUUUUGAAGUGGGAAGUGUUUCCUACAAGUUAAACCUGCUGAAGUCAAGAGGACCAAGGAGGAUGAUUUGUUCGCUCAAUUGCCCCUGUCCUGGAGAAGCUGCCUCGGACAAAUCUCAGGAUGCAGCUGCCUCGGACAAAUCUCAGGAUGCUCCGAAGAAGAAGCAGGCUGGUUCCGCAGAAGCCAACUCUACAGUUCUGAAAAACAAAGCUCCACGAUGGCAUGAGCAUUUGCAGUGUUGGUGUUUAAAUUUCCAUGGAAGGGUCACCGUUGCAUCUGUGAAAAACUUUCAGCUAGUGGCAACGAUGGACCAAAGCCAACCUGAUGGAAAAGGUGACGAGGAUACAGUUAUCCUCCAGUUUGGAAAAGUAGGAGAUGAUGUCUUUACAAUGGACUACAGGAAGCCUUUGUCUGCUUUCCAAGCGUUUGCAAUUUGCCUGACCAGUUUUGGUACAAAAUUGGCCUGUGAAUAGAUUCUUUAGAACUUGUAAUAUACUUCCUAGUUUGCUUUUCGUUUUUUCGUUUUCUUCGGGUGCACAGUGACACUUGUUUAAUCUAGUAUCCUCUACUCGUGCUAUUUAGUAAAUGUAGUAGAUGUUGGGACCAAGUGUAAUUUAACCUUUAUGAGAAUUUCAACAUCAAUGUAACAAAUAGCGGAGUUUUCUGUACUA